AAGUCUGAAAAAUUGGAAAAAACUAGAAUCAGCUAGCACGCACUCCUUCUUCAGAUCUUAAUUUAAAAGUUUAAAUUUUACAAAAAGUUUAGUUUAAAACGUUGCUUUCUACGUGUAACCGAGAACAGGGUAUCAAAACACAUCGAUCUAGAUACGGUUUCGUGCAGUGUCCACACAAUAGCUCCGGAAAUUUGGUAAGGAUCAAGAUGGUCGCCACCAAGCCAGUCGCAUCGACUGCUGCCCAGAAUAAUAAACGCCGAGGCGGAUUUAAUGGGUCCCCGAAUCGGCAGCGCUUCAAACCCGGCGGUGGACCGAAACAUCUGAAUGCCCGCAGCAUGGGAGUGAUGUUCGAUGCCAACCAGCUGGAUGACAAUCCCGGUUUCGUGGAUUUUAAUGACGACGUUCAAAUUCUGACACCCAGUCCGGCGACUACUGCUCCGGAAAAAAGUGCAGCCGCAUCGGGUACGAAAGCUAGCGGGAGCAACAGUGUGGCAACCGAUGGAGGCAAGGGUCCAAAUCAGCGCAAACCUCCCAACCAAAGAAGGCCUGGACCAAAGAAUGGAAACUUGCGCCGGAUGCCACCGGGAAUGAAUGGAUUCUGGGGACCUCCAUGGCCUCCUAUGUUUCCUCCGAUGAUGGGUGGUCGUCGUAAUGGACCAUUUCCACCUGUUCCGCCACAUUUUCGACCGCCGAUGGGUAUGCGUGGAAUGAGGAAUGGUCCCAUGAUGCCUCCUCCAGGGCGUUUCGGUGGACCUCCGAUGGGACCUGGGCCAAUGGGUAUGAUGCCAAGGCCAAUGCCACCGAUGCCUCCGAUGCGUGGAGGUCCAAUGAUGGGUCCCAUGGGACGAAUGAUGCCUCCACCACUCCGGAAUCGAUCCAAUGGUGGCCCCGGAGGAAUGCGAAGGAACCCCAAUGGAAAACCACAGAUCAACAAACAACUCAAAGGAGCUCCUCCCCGAACUCAACCGAACGGUGGUAUCGGAAAGCCUCCGAUCAACAGAAUCCCUGGCGGGAACAACAAACUACGAUCGAAACGACCGGCAAAGCCCAGGGAAGAAUUCCCGCUGGACAAACCGUGGGUAACGGAAGAAAUCAAAGCCGAGCAUGACAAAAAGGUCGAAAUCGCGGACCGGUUGAAGGGGAACAAAGACGACGUACUGUUUGCCCAGUACAAGGAACAGUUGGACAAGUUUGUCAAAAUGUACGAAGCGGCCCGGUUGGAGUUUAUAGGCAAGCAUCCGGAACAGGACGUUGACAAAAUUCUUACCGAACCACCAUCGGUGGCUGACGACAAGUCGGCCGAGUCUAAAUCCGAUGCAGUUUCUACUGGUACUACUGAUACCGAUACAAGUUCUGCCGUAACUGAUUCUACUACUGUUGCUGCUGUUGCUGCCGCCACUGAUGCUACUACUAACUCUGACGCAACCGCCAAGUAAAACCUAUGCCGGUUUAAUUUGAGAAAUAGAAUGGCAUUUCCGAUUCAGCAAAAAAAAAUCCUCGCGAGCUCUCGAAGAUUACAUUUUAAAGUUUUUUAUCUGAUUGCCUAUAUAAUACAGUUUUCAAGAAGAUGUACCUUGCAGAGGUGGUACAAGAAUGAGCACUGAUGAAACAAUAUAUGAUAGAUGGUAACUGGAAAAAAACAAAGCACUGUCACACAAGUAACUAGUAAUUUAAUAAUUUGCUGCAUUCAAAUAACUUGUGUUAGUUUCUUAAGCAAGAUCUGCAUUCGGGAGUAUUUCUGCAUCUAUCAUUUUAAAGUAGCAUGAUUUUUAGUAUUCUUUAAAAUUUGAACCAUUGAUUAGGCACUAUUCGAUUUUAUCUCUAGCGAGAGCAAGUUUUAACACAACCAUCAAGUAAAGCAUAUUAAAUGGCAAAUUUGUAUCGUCUUUUAAAACGGAGUGAAGCACCAGUAUCAACUAGUUGUUUUAAAAAUCUCCCGCAGUGCGCAUUUCAAAUCAAGUAACGAUAACACAGCUCCUAUCAAUUGUUAGGCUGAGCUAGGAUUGUACCUUUACGGAGCCUCAUGGGGUUCGAGCUUCACUCCAGGUCUUUGUAAGCCAAAAUCUAAAUAAAAAAAAACAUAAACUAUUUGUAACCCAUGUAUGGUUUAUUUUUGGCAUCCAAUAGUAAUCUAAAUCAUAGCAAAAUAACGGCAUAAGCAACAAACGUAGUGGUACAAUGUUUGGAUGUAGUUUGAAUUUAUCGGCAAAUAAUACAUUGUUAAAAAAAAAGACAACGAAAUGUUGGAUCUACCAAACUAAACCUACGCGCAGUAAAUGUAGAAUCUGAUAUGGGCAUUGCUGGUCGGAUGAAAAAAAAAUUGGACCGACCAACAAUGUUACUGAACGGUACUAUUGUUCUUUCUGUGAAAUAGAAUUGUGCUGAAUUCUUUGAAAACUUGUAUUAGACGGUAAAGUUCUGUAACGAGAAAGAAAUACUGGUACAAAAAUGUUCAUUUAUUGAGAAAAAAAAAUUUGUCACAUUAAAUCGACAGUUUUUAAUAAUAGUUGAACCAGUUUUCCUUAACUACUUACUUUUGUUUUUCUAACUUAUUUCUAUUUUUCAUGAGUGUAUAGAUCUUGAAUACGAUUAACAAUAGACGUUUUAGUAAAUUUAUAUCAGACGUGAUCAAUUUCUGAAAUUGUUAUGUUAAACUUUAAAUUUAAUUAAACCUUAAAUUGGUUGGUUUUAACUUUGAUUCCAUAUUGAUUGGUCUUUACAUAGAAGCAUCGAACAUAUGAACUGAAGACAUUAUAAAUAUGGAAACAUACUGAUCAGAGCUAUCUCAUAGUCAUAAAAUUCAUAGUAUGUUCAACGCAUAAGGGUAUAAAACAAAACCUAAUGAUAGAAUACUAUUCUUAAGAUUUUAAUAUAUAUAUUCACACAUAACAGAAUUUAAUGUUCCACUUUUUACCCUCGUACAAUCACGCAAAGAAUCUUAUUCCAACCAGUAUUGGACCGAAACCCAAAACAAACAAAAAAACCAGUCAAACUAAAAACCUCCAAACCAACCAAUCCAAUCCAAGAAACAGUAGUGACCAAUUAAAUUAUGUGAAACAUGUUCCCUACACUCACUGUAUGACAGAGAAACAAACUGGAAAGUAAAUAAACUAAACUAAAUGUCGAUUCAAUUCAGCACAA